CGGACGCGACGUAGGCGAUCAAGGAUCGAGCGAUGAAGAAGAAAGUGUGUGACGCCUGGGUUCCCAAGAGGAAUCAAAAAGGGGGGGAGAAGGGCUUUUUUUUUGUGCCCUCUCUUCAAGAACUCUGCCUUGAAAUGCUUGCGGAUAAUGCUGAUGCAAUGGUUUCGCUUGAGGGUGUACCGGAUGAGCUGAUACGCAAGCUUUGCAACCUGCUCUGUGACUCAAGAAAGAUGAACACCCGAUUUCUUGAGCUUCUUCUCAGUGGCUCUCCCACGGAGAUUCGGUUAAAAGACUGUUCUUGGUUGACGGAGGAGCAGUUUGCCAAAUAUUUUCAAACGUGUGACACUACAAGAUUGGAGGUGCUGCAGCUUGACCAGUGUGGAAGGUGUAUACCUGAUUAUGCAUUACUUGGUACUUUGAGACAGUCACCAAGGUGGUUGCCAAAGUUAAUUACACUGUCCCUCAGUGGUGCGUGCCGUCUGUCAGAUAAGGGGUUGCAUGUGCUAGCUUCUUCUGCCCCAGCACUGAGAUCCAUUAAUCUAAGCCAGUGCUCCCUUCUCUCAUCUGCCAGUAUUAAUAUUUUGGCUGAUUCAUUGGGAUCCCUUCUGAAAGAGUUAUAUCUUGAUGAUUGUCUUAUGAUUGAUGCUGCACAAAUUGUGCCAGGACUGAAGAAACUUAAACAUUUAGAGGUGUUGUCAUUGGCUGGCAUUCAAACUGUCUCUGAUGAAUUUAUCAAGGACUACAUCAUUGAAUGUGGUCACAACAUGAAGGAGCUUAUUUUAAAAGACUGUCGAAAAUUGACUGAUGCAUCGAUUAAAGGCGUUGCUGAACACUGUCCUGGAUUGUGUGCACUUGAUCUUAUGAACUUGGACAAAUUGACAGAUUUAUCCUUAGGAUAUCUUACAAAUAGUUGUCGAGCACUUCAUACAUUGAAGCUCUGCCGCAAUCCAUUCAGUGAUGAAGCAAUUGCUGCCUUCUUGGAGAUUACUGGAGUGUCCUUGAAAGAACUUUCACUUAAUAAUAUUAAGAAGGUUGGCCACCACACAACCUUAUCACUUGCUAGGCAUGCAAAAAAUUUGCAUAUUCUAGAUCUAUCUUGGUGCCGGAAUUUGACAGACAAUGAGUUGGGUUUCAUUGUAGAUAGCUGCUUCUCACUGAGGUUGCUUAAAAUUUUUGGAUGCUCACUGGUGACAGAUGUUUUUCUGAAUGGGCACUCAAACCCAGAGAUUCAGAUCCUUGGAUUGAAGAUGUCUCCUUUAUUGCAAAAUGUCAAAGUGCCCGAACCCUGUCAAGGUCCUCUGCGUUAUUCACCAGUUUCAGUAGAUUUGGUAUAAAUUAGCAUUAAUAAUAUGAAACAUAUGGCAUUACUUAUGGUCAUUUCUAGUUAAAGCAGACAUAACUUUCUGCUAACAUGCUGCUAACUCUAGAGGCAAGGAAACCACUGUGUUGCCUGUUUUACCUUCUGUUUUAGUGAUGCCAUUAUGUACAGACUAUUUUCUUUUAUUAGAGUAUUCAUAUUCAUUAUGUACAGUGGAUAUGUAUAGAAAAUGCAAUUUCGUAAGCUGAUUGAGGCAGAUAAUAAAGUUUCUUCCUGAAAGAUGGAAGAAAACUUCAGCCCGGUCUCUACAGUGAAUUGUUCUAUGGAAUAGAGAUCAAAAAGAAAAAUGCAUAUUUCUGUGCAAGUUCAAAAUUGUGCGGUCAUUUGGCAAUUUCCUCUAUUGUUAUUUAACUUUGUUUCUGAAGAAGUAAUGUUUGGAACAUUUUAA